UCUAUCGAAAAGCAGGUUGCUUACUUAAGACUUUACCUAUUUCACAAACAAAAGAUAGUGAAAAUAUUCACAAGCAGCUAGCAAUGGCAAGCAAUGGAGAAAAUGGAAGACACCAAGAAGUUGGACACAAGAGUCUCUUGCAAAGUGAUGCACUUUAUCAGUACAUUCUUGAAACAAGUGUGUAUCCAAGAGAACCUGAAGCCAUGAAAGAGCUCAGAGAGAUUACUGCAAAACACCCUUGGAACAUCAUGACCACCUCUGCUGAUGAAGGGCAAUUCUUGAGCAUGCUUCUUAAACUCAUAAAUGCCAAGAACACUAUGGAGAUUGGUGUUUUUACUGGUUACUCUCUUCUUGCUACUGCCAUGGCUCUUCCUGAUGAUGGCAAGAUUUUAGCAAUGGAUAUCAACCGGGAAAAUUAUGAGAUCGGUCUUCCAGUUAUUGAAAAAGCUGGACUAGCUCACAAAAUUGAAUUCAAAGAAGGCCCUGCACUUCCUGUUCUUGACCAAAUGAUUGAAGACGGCAAAUAUCAUGGAUCAUAUGAUUUCAUAUUUGUGGACGCUGACAAGGACAAUUACUUGAACUAUCACAAGAGAUUAAUCGACUUGGUCAAGGUUGGUGGACUAAUUGGCUAUGACAACACCCUAUGGAAUGGAUCAGUAGUGGCAACACCUGAUGCACCCCUAAGGAAAUAUGUUAGGUAUUAUAGAGAUUUCGUAUUGGAACUCAACAAGGCCUUGGCUGCUGAUUCCAGAAUCGAAAUUUGCCAACUUCCUGUUGGAGAUGGCAUCACCCUUUGCCGUCGCAUCAGUUAAAAUAUUCAUGUAGUACCAUUGAUGGCAACCAAGAAUGAAAGGCAUGCCACAGAUGACAAUGGAGGAUUUAUCAUUUUCGAAAUCCCCUGUUUUAAUCAUUCGUUAUUUUAUUUUUUUCUUUUAGUUCUGUCUACUCUGGCAAAGGUUGCAUUAACUAUGUUACCCACUGCUUAUUUGACGAUGUACUUUUAUAAAUAAAAGAAAUUCAAGUUCA